AUGCUAUAUAUAACGGCAACACAGGCAAAGGCUCGCACACGUCCUCACCCCAUCACCGAUUAUGACGCUGACUCACACAACUUGUACGAGACAUCAUCUCGUGCAUUUGCAAGCAAAAGAAUCAUUGAGUUCCUUCAGCAACUAAAUGGUGGGAAUCCUACUCAGAUAAUCAUCCACAGAUCCAAUUUUGUGCUAGCUUUUGGUCACCGUGUUGUGGACAAAACAUUGGAAAAUAUGAUUGCAGAGGAAGUCUUAGUCUCUGAUGCAGAAUUGUUGCGGGGUCUGAACAUGGUUGCAUUCCACAGUUACAAAGACGCUGACAUUAAAUUGAGAAAUGAGUUUCACGUGGCACUAUAUACCUUUGAGGGAAUGAUACAUGAUGAAGAUAAGUGUUUGGUGGAUACAUUGAUAUAUUCAUGA